AUGGCGAACGGAGCCGGUAGAGUGGAUCUGGACGGCAAACCGAUAAAGCCGAUGACGAUAUGCAUGAUCGGCGCGGGAGGUUUCAUCGGCUCGCACCUCUGCGAGAAGCUCCUAACGGAGACUCCGCACAAGGUGCUCGCGCUCGACGUGUACAACGACAAGAUCAAGCACUUGCUGGAGCCGGAUACUGCCGAGUGGAAAGAUCGGAUCCAGUUCCAUCGCAUCAACAUCAAGCAUGAUUCCAGGCUCGAAGGACUCGUCAAGAUGGCGGAUCUGACUAUUAAUCUUGCGGCGAUCUGUACUCCGGCUGAUUACAAUACGCGUCCUCUUGAUACCAUCUACAGCAACUUCAUUGACGCGCUUCCAGUUGUUAAGUACUGCUCUGAGAACAACAAGCGUCUCAUUCACUUUUCUACCUGUGAAAUUUAUGGUAAAACCAUUGGAAGCUUCCUUCCCAAGGAUCAUCCUCUACGCGAGGAUCCUUCUUUCUAUGUUCUUAAAGAAGAUGUUUCCCCUUGCAUAUUUGGUUCAAUUGAGAAGCAAAGGUGGUCAUACGCGUGUGCAAAGCAGUUGAUUGAGAGACUCGUUUACGCUGAGGGUGCUGAGAAUGGACUGGAGUUCACCAUUGUGAGACCUUUUAACUGGAUUGGACCUAGGAUGGAUUUCAUCCCCGGCAUUGAUGGUCCUAGCGAAGGUGUCCCCCGUGUUCUCGCCUGCUUUAGUAAUAAUCUUCUUCGCCGUGAGCCUCUGAAGCUUGUGGACGGUGGAGAAUCACAGAGAACUUUUAUCUACAUCAAGGAUGCUAUCGAAGCUGUUCUUUUGAUGAUCGAAAACCCCGAGAGGGCCAAUGGGCAUAUAUUCAAUGUAGGCAACCCGAACAACGAAGUCACAGUACGACAGCUUGCUGAAAUGAUGACCAAGGUAUACGCAAAAGUGAGUGGAGAGGGAGCAAUAGAGAGCCCGACGGUGGAUGUAAGCUCAAAAGAGUUUUACGGGGAAGGUUAUGAUGACAGUGACAAGAGAAUCCCAGACAUGACCAUCAUCAACCGCCAACUUGGAUGGAACCCGAAGACAUCUCUGUGGGACUUGCUGGAAUCGACCUUAACCUAUCAGCAUAGGACUUACGCAGAAGCUGUGAAGAAGGCAACAUCCAAACCAGUAGCUUCCUAAAAUGUUACAAGUCCCCCAGUUAUCAACACAGACGCCCUGAUUUGGCAUUUUUAAGAACUCUAUUCGAUUCUUUGUUUUUUUUCACAUCUCAUUGACUCUUUUUUUUUUUACAUUUCUUGUUAAGAAAACAAUAUUAUUACAUUACGCUAGUUCGCCGUUUCAAGUAUACCGUCUAUUUUUUGUUCUCCU